UAUCUAUAUUUACACCAAUUGCAACUUAAUUAUUAACACAUUUCCCUUCACAUUCAUUAACUUAAAACAUUGGUCUAUCUCGUUCUCCAAUUUAACAUGCACAUGGACAAGUGGUCUUUCUUAAGCCGCCUAAGGAAGGUUGUGAGGAAGGUAAGCUUCAUACUAAACCUCAACGUGAAUCGCUGGCGAAUUGUUUCGAUGAUCGGCCCUACUGUUUCUAGCAACCAGCAAUUGAUGAGCUUCAACGACCACCCAGGGCUGAAAGCGGCGUGUGGCCAUGAGACCAGCUCCGAGGAGGACUCGGGGUCUUCUAGGGGACAUCUUCAGAGGACAAUAAGCUAUCCAUCGGAUCAAGAUGAUAUUGAUCAAAGAGCAGAGAUGUUCAUAGCGAAAUUCCGCCGCCAACUUCGGGUGGAGAGACAAAUUUCGUUAGAGCUUCGGUAUGGCAGAGGAAAUAGUUUUGACUUGAAGUCUCCUUGAUCACUUUGAUUAGUGGUGAUGGUGGAGGUAGCCUGUGAUUUUUUUGAAGAAGGCCUCCACUGAAAUUAUGUAAUCUUAAAGGGGUUUGUUUUUAUUUUUGGUCUUCUUAAUUUCCCUUUUUUAUUUUGGGGUGAAGGACAAGCAGCAUACAUUUUUUGAUACUUUUAUAUAUGUAAACUUAUGCUACUAUAUUUUUAUUCUUUUGAACUUUGGAGAAAAUUUCCGAGGCAUUUUUAGGGAUGAUAUUUGGGAUUAUUUUGUACUUGUGGCUGAUAUCAAGCUUGUCAUUACAGUUUUUGUUCA